CGUCGAGGUCUCGUCCCUCUCUCUCUCUCUCUCUCUCUCUCUCUCUCUCUAACAACAAAAAAUUUCAAAUUCGCGUUUUCAUCUAACUUUUUCAAUUGCAGAAUCCCCAAAACUCAAUACCUUCACUCUUAAUUCUUCCAACUCAGAACAUGGGCGAAACAAGGGACGACGUCUACGACGAGGAGCUUGUUGAUUACGAAGAAGAGGAGGAGAAGGCCCCUGACUCUGCAGCUAAAGUCAACGGCGAAGCCCCCAAAAAGGGAUAUGUUGGAAUUCACAGUUCAGGGUUCAGAGAUUUCCUUUUGAAGCCUGAGCUUCUUCGGUCUAUUGUCGACUCUGGAUUUGAGCAUCCUUCUGAAGUGCAACAUGAAUGUAUCCCUCAAGCUAUCCUCGGAAUGGAUGUUAUUUGUCAAGCUAAAUCUGGGAUGGGAAAAACUGCUGUUUUUGUUCUAUCAUCUUUACAGCAGAUCGACCCUGUCGCAGGCCAAGUCUCUGCCCUUGUCCUUUGCCAUACUAGAGAAUUAGCAUACCAGAUUUGUCAUGAAUUUGAGAGGUUCAGUACAUACUUGCCUGAUCUCAAGGUUGCUGUCUUCUAUGGUGGUGUUAAUAUCAAACUUCACAAAGAUUUACUGAAAAAUGAAUGCCCGCACAUUGUUGUUGGAACUCCUGGAAGAAUACUAGCACUGGCAAGAGAUAAAGACCUCUCCUUGAAGAAUGUGAGGCAUUUUAUCCUUGAUGAAUGUGACAAGAUGCUUGAAUCACUCGACAUGAGGAGAGAUGUGCAGGAGAUCUUCAAGAUGACGCCUCACGAUAAGCAAGUGAUGAUGUUUUCCGCAACACUCAGCAAAGACAUCCGCCCAGUUUGCAAGAAAUUUAUGCAAGAUCCUAUGGAAAUAUAUGUUGAUGAUGAAGCCAAGUUGACCUUGCAUGGUCUAGUGCAGCACUACAUCAAGUUAACUGAGGCAGAGAAGAACCGCAAGUUGAAUGACCUCCUUGAUGCAUUGGACUUCAAUCAAGUUGUUAUAUUCGUCAAAAGCGUUAGCAGAGCUGCUGAGCUGAACAAACUACUUUCAGAGUGUAACUUUCCCUCUAUAUGCAUCCAUUCUGGAAUGAGCCAAGAAGAAAGGUUGAAGCGGUACAAAGGAUUCAAGGAGGGUCAGAACAGGAUUCUCGUGGCAACUGAUUUAGUCGGUAGAGGAAUUGACAUUGAGCGUGUUAACAUUGUUAUCAACUACGACAUGCCAGAUUCUGCUGACACUUAUUUACACAGGGUUGGCAGAGCUGGUAGGUUUGGCACCAAAGGUCUUGCAAUUACGUUUGUUUCAUCCGCAGCAGACUCUGAUGUUCUAAAUGAUGUUCAGGAGAGGUUUGAGGUUGAUAUAAAGGAGCUUCCUGAACAGAUCGAUACUGCCACAUACAUGCCAUCUUAAUUGAAGUUUACAUCUCAGUACGAAGGCGUCAUUUGCACUGGUGGUGGAGGGUGUUGCAAACCGUUCUGUUUUUUUAUCAGACUGAUUUUGAACGAUUUGUUUUAUGCGGUAGAAGCUCGACGCAGAUGUAUAAGUGUUUUUAAAUGUGGGUGUGUAGACAUUUGCGGUCCUCCACAACCUGUUACCCGGCAGGGCUUGUUUUGAGAUGUUAGCAGAGUUGGAAAUUUCAGAAUUCAUUUGCAGUAUUAUGUAUUAAGUACCAGCUAUCUAGCAGUGUGGGUUAAAACAGAAAGGAUGAGACACUAAGGAGGAGGGAGAACAAAGAAAAUGUUAUUCGCUUUAAUAUUAUUUCGUGCCAGUAUCGAGAUUUUACCAUGAAGAUUUUGUUCCACGUUA